AUGACUGACUAUCGUCUCCCAAUGCAUCAUCAGCCGCCACCGGCUCGCAAACCAGUUGCCGGAAUGCAUUCCGGCUUCCCUUACCAGGCCUAUGACGGGCCUCACCACCACCAGCAGCUUUCUCCCCAUCCAUCGGCCGCCUCCCUUGCGCACAACCGUCGGCGAACCUCUUCCUCCCAUGUGAUACCCUACAUGGCACAACAGCAGCAGGCAUACUCUGCGGGGCCCUCACCACAUCAUACGAUGACCGGUCCACCCAAUUAUCCUCCUUCAAGGCGUUUAUCGAGUGCGACCACAUCUACGACCUCCACAGGCAAUGUUAACUACGGCGGUAACCCACAGACGGAUAUUCGCCGCAGCACUUCGUCCCGCUCCGCCAAUGCUCAGUUGGGUUAUGUCGCUUUGAUGCGGAGACAAAAGGCGACAGUAUGGUGUGACCGGGCACAGCCCGAGGAUCCUCGCAUACGAGCGCAGAAGCUGGUCGAUAAGAAACGGGCGUACCUGGAAGUCCACGGCGCAGGCGCCGGACGCACGGGUACCCUUGGAAGCGGCAAGAACAAGCACGGCGGCAAGGGAACUACUGAUUUCUCGCCCUCGACACUGGUCGGCGCUACGGUCCCGGUUCGGCUCAGUGCAAACGAGGUCGGUGACGCGGAUGAGGAUGCCCACAGUGACCGAGGGUUCCCUUAUCGCCGGACCGGUAGCGGUCGCAGUUCUCUGGGUAGCAAUUCCCGCUAUCCCAGUGGCUACCAACGUACUCCGCAGAGUACGAUGGGGAGCACCAGCACGCCUCCCAACGAGAAGACCGACCUCCCUGAUGUCUCCGAGCACCCACCAGCGGAAAGCCACGAAGCCGAGCAGGACCACGCCUCCAUCAAGGAUGAUGCUGCUACUACAAACAGUUUUGGUAGUGAGCACGAAGAAUACUUUGGUACCGUGAGUGAUAUGGCCGCACCAAGUGCGGCUUCUGCGGCGAUCGAGAAGGCCAAGAAGGCGGAUGAACUGCGUCGCCGAGGCAGUGUUGAUGAUCGAACGACGUCCAUGACCAAUGUCCGGCUUUUCGUGGCCAACCCCGAUCUGAGUGACUAG